AUGGAGGAACACAGCUCAGGCAGUGAUCUGUCGCCUGUCGUGGCUUCCAGAGAAGCUGACGCUGUCCUGCAAUAUCUAAAGAAACAGUGUGAUGCAAAGAAAUUAGAGGUGGUUGGUUUUGCGGGUGGUAUUACUGUAUGUCACCGGAUGAUGACACACCUGGAAUUAAAGGCUGGUGUAUCUCUUUAUGGAGUAAUCAAGGAUUCUGAUGACAUAUCCAGUCUCCUGAACCCUACAUUUUUCAUUUUUUCUGAAAAAGAUUACUUCAUUCUCCUUCAUCAAGUUGUCUUGCUGGAGCAGAAGCUAAAGAAAAAUUGUAAAGUUGAUUAUGAAGUUAAAAACUCUCCUGGACAAAGUCAUGUUUUUUCACAUUGCAGAAGAGAAGACAUCAAUCCUCAAGAUAAGCCUUACCUCGAGGAAGGAAGAAAGGACAUGAUCAACUGGUUGAAUAAAUACGUUUAAUAGAGAGUAAACAACUUAAUUUGUAAUACAAUUAUGUAAUACACUUUUCAAUAACACAUUUUGAUUUUUGGUAACAUAUUUUAUAAAACUGGGCUUGAGAAUUUGUUGAAGUAGAAAUUAAAGAAAUAAGCAAUCAAAAUAUUUCAGAUGUUUUUGUCAGUGCAUUCUAGUUGAUACUUUCGUAUUAUGUCCUUUUGAAGAAGUCUCAAAUUUUACCUAGCAGUGUCAUGUCUUAACAUGCUGUGAAAUAUUCUCCAGUUCCUUGAGGUUUACCUUAAUGCUUGAAAUAAAUUAGACUAAUGGUAUAUUAAUCUAUUUGUGUAUUAUGGCCACUGCUCAUCUAAGUUCUACACGAAUCACAAGCCCAAACUUUAGGGACAAAAAUACAUGGUUUGGUGAAGCUCAUUUAGAAAGACCAGGCUUUUUUUCACUUAACACCCUGGUGGGAGAUGUGUAUUUAACAGGUGAAAUAAGUGGACAUGUCUUGUUUAAAAAUUUGUGGCUAAGGUUAUUCAGUCGGGGUCCUACUGUCUCAAAUUCCCUUUUGUUCCGUGAAGCUCUAUAAAUUAUUUUCUGGUCAGUUUAGGAAUUCAAAAGUAUAACACAAUCUGCAGACGAGGCAUUUUAAUAUGUGAUUUACAGUCUAUGGUUGCUGCUUAGAGAAGAAACAUUACAUGUUUUUGCAUAAUGUAUCUUGUUACGUAAUUUUUUUCAUUGAUGAUACAACAAAAAUCUCCGUGUUGCAUCAGCUUGAGAUUGCAUCUACCUCAGCACCCAGCCUCCAUCGGUGCCCAGCAGAGGCUGCGUAGGGCAUUUCCCCUCUCAUUCUGCAUCCUGGCAGCCAGCCGUUCAGGGGAUUGCUGAGCUGGAUGUGGCUCCUGGAGCGGUGCGUCAAAGAGCUGCUGACGGAUCUAGCCUCUGUGGGUUCACUUUUUGAAACUACUUGUAGUGCUGACCCCUAGUGCAGCUUGUGCAGGAACUUCACAGUUUAAUAUGCCUCGUGGGGAGAAUGGCUGGGUUUGGAACCGGCUUCCUAGUA